AUGAAGCUAAAGCCUCGGUUCAUUAUAAACAUUUUUCUUUUCAACAUAUUUUGCAGUAGGAGAUGUAGACAAGUUCUAAAGGAGAGCAAAAAGAUAAGGUACAAAAUGGAAAUUUUCGUCCUGGUACUAACUGGCGUGCUAUGUUUUCUGACUAGGUUAUUUUCAGUAAUAAGGAAUGAGCCAAUGAUACACGAGUAUGACCCAUAUUUUAACUACAAGCUGACUAGUAUAUUGAAAGAAAAAGGCUUUUACAAUUUUUGGAAUUAUUUUGAUAAGAAAUCAUGGUUCCCGUUAGGAAGAACAACAGGUCAAACUUUAUUUCCUGGUUUAAUGAUGACAAGUUUUUUAAUAUAUAAUAUAUGUCAUAUGCUUGGAUUUAUGGUUGAUAUGAGAAAUAUUUGUAUAUAUAUAGGUCCCAUAUUUAGUUUUUUUACUUGUAUAAUAUCAUAUUUAUUAACAAAGGAAAUAUAUCCAUUUACUGGUUCAGCAUUAUUAGCUUCUUUAUUUGUAUCUAUUUCACCAUCUCAUAUAUCAAGAACAGUAGCUGGUUCAUAUGAUAAUGAAUCUAUAUCUAUAUUUUUGUUAUUGUUAUGUAUAUAUAAUUGGAUUAGAUGUCUAAAAAAAGGAACGUUAUUAUCAGCCUUGGUAUGUUCUGUUAGUACAUACUAUAUGGCGUUAUCAUGGGGAGCUUAUAUAUUUAUUACUAACUCGAUUAGUUUAUUUAUGUUAGUAAUUAUAAUAUUAAAAAAGUACACUCUAAAACAUUGUAUUCUUUAUAAUGUAUAUUAUGUGUUAACAACUAUACUGUGUCUUAACAUACCUCGUAUUAAUUCUUCCGUUUUUGGUAGUAUUGAACAUUUAGCUACUCACGCUAUGUAUCUCUUAUGUAGUUGUUUACUAUUUUUUCGUUCUAUAGCCGAGCAUUUUAAAUUACAUGAAGAAAAAUUCAAGAAUAUAUUUGUUCAAGUGUGCUUUAUUUUUUUUGCUUUAAUUUUUAAAUUUUUAAUAUUUACCGAUAAAUUAUCAUGGAAUCAUAGAUCUAGGACACUAUUAGAUCCAACAUAUGCUUCUAAGCAUAACCCUAUAGUCGCAUCUAUAUCUGAACACCAACCUACCACAUGGUCUUCUUAUUUUUUUGAUGUGCAUCUUAUUUUAUUAUUUUUACCUUGUGGAUUGUAUGAAUGUUUUAAAAAAGGAGCAAAAAUUGAAUCCUUUUUUUUAGGUAUUUUUUUUAUUAUAUGCUUAUAUUUUUCCGCCCUUAUGGUUAGGCUCCUUUUGAUAUUUUCCCCCUUUGCCAGUAUCCUCAGUGCUGUUGGUUUGUCCUCCUUAAUCAGCCGCUGUGUGUUCUUCAUCCGAGUCCCGAAGGACACCUACCUCUCCUCGGUCUUAGUGUCCGAGGGGGGGGGAAGCAGUAGGAGCGGGAGUAGUUAUAGAAGCAAAAGUAGCUACAUCAAUGGGAGUGGUGGUGAUAAUGGCAGCAAAAUUAGAUGCAGUAGCAGAGGAAGCAGUGUGGAUCCUUGCGAAGGGGUAAGCACGAUGCGAAACGCAUAUUCAGAGUGGCGCAUAGAAAGUCUAAAAUGGGAAGAAGGAAACGAGCGCAAUUUGUUAAGAGAUGCAGAAAGAAUAAGUGGAGAGAUGAAAGAAAUAUGUUCGAAUAAAAAGGAUAUUCCAAGUGAUAAAUUUUUAAAAAAUAGUAGCACGUUUGGAGAUGUAAAAAUAAGAAAAUUGGUUUUUAAUAGGGCAGAACAGAAUACCGUAUCGAUGUUAACAAGUAUAUGCAUAUUAAUCUUAUUGAUUUAUUUUGUUAUUCUUACAAUUCUGCAUUCAACUUGGUGUUCAUCUAUAGCAUAUUCUGAAUCUCAUAUAACUUUUUAUAGUCGAAAUAAAAAUGGAGAUAGGUAUAUUAAUGAUGAUAUAAGACAGAUGUAUGAAUGGAUUAACAAAAAUACAGAAAAGGAUUCCAAAAUUGUUGCAUGGUGGGAUUAUGGCUAUCAGUUAAAUGUCAUGAGUGAUAGAAUUACAUAUGUUGAUAACAAUACAUGGAAUUAUACACAUAUAGCAACAGUUGGUUUAAUAUUAAGUACUAAUGAAAAGCAGGCAUAUGAAUAUUUAAAAAAAUUAAAUGCUGACUAUGUUUUAAUUUCUUAUGGAGGCUAUUCGAAAAAUUCUUCAGAUGAUCUAAACAAAUUUUUAUGGAUGUUAAAAAUUACAAAUAAAAAAUAUUUUUUUAUUAAUCCUUUAUUAUAUUACUAUCACGAUGAAUAUCAUCCCUUAGGAAAAAAUGCAACUACAUGUAUGACAAAUAGUGUUCUUUAUAAAUUGUCUUAUUACAACAUGACAAAUCAAUAUGUCAAGGGGUAUGACUAUAUUAGAAAAAUAGAAGUUCCAGAAAUUAAAAACUUGAACUACUUUGAGGAGGUGUUUACAUCCGAUGUGUGGGGGUUCCGCCUGUACAAGGUUAGAGAAUUUGUCUGA